CUUUAACAUAAGUACAUAUUUACAGUCCAACGUAAACAGGAUAGCUACUCUUAGAGUUCCUUAACAUUAAGAUGACAGCGUUAGAUCUAGCCUUGAGAAACCCCGCUUGAUAUAAAUACGUGAUGGCGUUUAGGUCUCUGACAGAAAGCUUCACGUUUAUGAGAAAUAAUGCAUUCCAAAACAGAAGUUUCUAUCGUGACGAUAAAUCUGAUCAAGAAUCAUUGGUAUCCAAAUCUAAAAAUAAAGCUCCUGUCAAUAACUCUACUAAAAAGUUACGUAAUGAAUGGCAAACCACAGUCAAUUCACUUCAAUAUACGUUCAGCAUGAUACGACAAAAAAUGAAAGAAGUUAUUGCUCUUCAUGAUAGACAUCUCAUGGCUUCGAAUUUGGAUGACAACUUAGAUGAAGAUCAGGAAAUAGAGUUUCAAACUAAAGAGCUUACUCAGUUGUUUAAUCUAUCACAUAGCCAACUUGGCCAGUUAUCCAAAUUGAAACGUUCCUCAGCUAUGUGGCAACAAUCGCAAGAAGCCAAGUUGGCAGAAAACGUCGUUUGUAAUCUGGCGCGAACUCUUCAAGAUCUCUCAGUGGUAUUUCGAAAGGCACAAUCAGAAUAUCUAAACAAACUUCGAUCCAGAGAUGAACGAAUACGUAGUUACUUAAAUAUAGAUUUAAAUAUAGGAGAUACAUCAUCAACAUCAAACAACCUGGUAAAUGAGUUUGAAGAUGGUGAUUAUGCUGUUUGGGAAUCACAAAAACAAAGACGGAGUUUAUUACUUACAGAAAAUACAAACAUGGUUGUACAACGUGAACAAGAAAUUCAUCAGAUUGUUCAGUCUAUUCAUGAAUUGAAUGAGAUUUUUCGCGAUGUUGCACAAAUGGUUGUGGAUCAAGUUAUAUUCGGUAUGAUAAAUACGAAGAUCGUUAAGUACGGCUAGCGAAGAAACAAAUCGGUUCAAUGUGAUCAAACGAUUAGCAAUUGUGCCAACCAAUAAGAUCCAAACAAGAAAAUUUGGUAUUAAAAAAGGACUACUUGGGACAUUAGUGGAUCGUAUCGAUUAUAAUGUGGAACAUACUCAAAUUCGAGUUGAAGAGGGUUUGAAGCACUUGACAAAAGCUCAAAGUCACCAAUCGAAGGAUCGUAAAAUGAUUGUUAUCCUUGUAUUGGCUGGAUUGGUAAUUAUAUUCGGUGUUCUACUGAUUGUUACCAAAUUUCGAUAAUUCACCACAGAGAUUGUUCUGACCACUUUUGAAAUGACCGCCAUCUUUACUGCAUUAUUCUAAAUUAUUAUUUAACAUGAAUAAAUAUGUGAUAAAAAGUUGGCUUGUUAAGUCAUUCGUCUUUCAUACUUGGUUCUGAACAAAUUUUUCAAAUGUGUUCAUAUACUACUACUAAACCAACUUGGUAUUAAUAGCAUCAAUUUAGAAUAACUUGAAUUAAGGUGUUGUUAAUAGUUCUUCAUUCAUAACUUUAUGUCUUUGGAAAUGUUUGUGUUGUUUCAAUAUCUUUUGUUUUUGUAAAUAUGUAAUACUCUUGUGUUAUUUAAUUAUGAAACUGACUUGAACCCUUUCUAUCAAUUUUACAUAAUCCUUUUCUUGUAUCUUACCACUUUGAGUAAAGCAUUAAAAUACAUUCCUUCAUCAUUGUUUCUCAUGUUGUUUGUUUCCCGACGCUUACUGUUAUACUUGUGAUAAUGAAUGAUUGUUUUAACUUUUCGUAUUAUUUCUUUUUCAUGAGAUUUUUCGGCUGUUUUCAUAUUUUUAUUCAUUUAUACGCUAAUGAUUAAGCUUAUAUUGAAACUUUACAUAAUGUAAAUAUAUCAGAAUAUAUGUAUAUG